AUGCCACCACACCCGGUCCUGGCGCACGGCCCUGCCGCCCCCGCUCAGGUGCAGCGCUCCGGGGCCUGCCGCGUGGGAGGGAGGCUCCCACAGGGGCUGGCGGCCAAGUCCCUCACUGAGGGCCCUUGUCUGGCCAGGCGGGCACACAAGGCAAGACAGAGCAGGGAGCGGAGGCUGGGCUCCCGAGAGACCCCAGUGAUGUGGGCACCCAGCCGGGGAUGUGGCCACAGCGGUAAUGAGGGUGAGAGCAGGAGCUUGCAGCUCCCCAGAGGACACCCCUCCACCCCCAGCCGGGAGUGA